AUGCAAGUCACCAAAUCUCUCCUAGCAGUCUUUCUGCUCCUCGGCUCCAACGCCUUAGCCGCUCCUACAGCCGCGGAUGCAGUUGUACCUCUCGAUGAGCGCACUGCCCUUGAGGCUAGAGAAGGCCCUGGCUACCACGGAGAGGGCGGCAACGAGGAUGACCUUAAAUACAAAGCUUCGUGGCGCGGAGGGCACCACUGGGGCGGGGAUCACGGCCAUUACCCGCCACACAACGAGCAUGGGGGCAUGGACGGCAAGGAUAAGGACCAUGAGCACUCUCAGCCGUGGCCGCGAGAGGGAGAGCAUAAGGGAGAGCACAAGGGAGAACACAAGGGUAAACACCACGGAGAAGAGGGUGGUUACGGCGGCGGUUACGGUGGACACGGUGGUGGAUACGGUGGCGGUUAUGGCGGUGGUUACGGUGGCGGACGCGGUGGUGGUUGGGGCGGGAAAGGAGAGAAGAGAAGCGAGGGUAAAGGUGAGGGUGGCGGGGAGUACGGCAACCAUGGUGAAAACGGGUAUGGUGGUGGUGGUUGGGAGUAA